AUGCCUCAAUUAACUCUUUUCUCAGACCCAAAUUCCAAAUCGUUAGCCUUGUCCCCGAAGAAACCUUCUUCCCACACGAAAGCGAAUAUUCAUACCAGUCCCAUCGGAAGUAGUAGUAGAAAGGCUGCUUACACGAAGAAAGGCGAAGAACCUAAUUUAUGGGAAUUGCAUCACAUUCAAGAAGAUAUGGCUGCCAUCUCGAAGAAAAGACAUUCUAAAGAUGAUGUUGAUGAAUCAGCAGCUUCGGCUUCGGCUUCAACUUCCAAGAAAAGGAAAACGGAUUCCAGUGGAGUUGGCGAAACAGAUCAAGGGAAAGAUGAGGAAAUGAAAGGACAACCUGAUGAAAAGGGUCAAUCACCUCAAGGUGGCGGUGUAGCUGGUGAACAAGGAAACAAGGUCAAACAUAAGAACGCCUAUGAAAUUAAGGGUAAAAUAGCUACUGCCGAAGAUGCAGCCAGAGCCGAUGAAGAUCCACCUUUAAAUCAACUCGAGCGACUCAUUGAGAAAGGUCAAAAACAAGUCGAGAAAGGUGAUUGUGUAGUAUAUUGGAUGAGGAUGGAAGAUAUGCGAAUUGAAGACAACACGGCACUAUAUAAAGCUUCUGAGAAAGCAGUAGAAUUAGGUAUACCACUCAUCGCUCUCUUCGUGUUGAGUCCAGGUGAUUAUAAAAUACAUGAUAGAAGUAAUAAGAAGAUUGAUUUCACGCUUCGUAAUCUACGAUGCCUUAAAACGAAAUUGCAUGAACUGAACAUUCCUUUACACAUUGUAUCAUACGAUCGAAGACUCCAGAUCCCUCGAAGAAUAAUAAAAGAAGUCCUUCCUUCUUUAGGAUCAAAUCACUUCUUUGCAAAUAUAGAAUAUGAAGUAGACGAAUUAAGAAGAGAUAUAGCGACUGUAAACCUAGGAAGGGAUAAUGGCAUUGACGUACAAUGUUUACAUGAUAGAUUGAUUGUCCCACCUGGAAAAGUUCUAAGUCAAAAAGGAAAACCCAUAAGUGUAUUUAGUCCUUGGCAGAGGGCUUGGGCCAAAUUGUUAGAUCAACAACCUAAAUACUUUGACAUGUCCCCUACACCUAAAUCCAAUGAUCAAUCCAUCAAAUCGGAUGAGAAGUUCAGUACACUGUUUGAUGAUAAGAUACCCGAUAGCUUGGAAGGGUUUGAGUGUCCUGAAAGUGAUAAAUUAAAGGAGUUGUGGCCUGAAGGUACAGAUCGGGCUAAAGAAGUGCUUAAUCGAUUUUUCCAUACCAAACCACGUAAAGAUCAAUUCCACUUCGUAUCACCACUGACACCCGGUGCGGAAGAAUCUGAGAAAGAAUCUCGUAUUGCUCAAUAUCAAACGGGUCGUAAUCUUGUAGAUGGGGAUAAUAGUUCCAAGAUUAGUCCUUAUUUAGCAUCAGGUGUCAUCAGUGGAAGAAUGGUAUUGAAUGAAGCUAAGAAAAUGAAAAAAGGUAAAUUGGAAAGUGGAAGAGAUACAGGUAUGGGUAUGUGGGUGCAAGAGGUCUCGUGGAGAGAUUUCUAUAAUCAUGUUAUGGCCACUUGGCCAAGAGUAUCGAUGGGUCGACCGUUCCUAGAGAAAUUCGCGGAUGUUCAGUGGGAAACAAACGAAGAUCAUCUACAAGCUUGGAAAGAUGGUAAAACAGGAUUCCCAAUAAUUGACGCUGCAAUGAGAGCUUGUAAAGCUAGAGGAUGGAUGGAAAACAGAGUGAGAAUGGUUGCUGCUAGUUUCUUGGUCAAAGGUUUGAUGCUCGAUUGGCGUUUAGGAGAGAAGUAUUUUAUGGAAUCUUUUGUUGAUGGUGAUUUAGCGGCGAAUAACGGAGGAUGGCAAUGGACUGCUAGUACCGGCACCGAUCCUCAACCUUUCUUUAGAAUAUUCAAUACAUUAACCCAAUCGGAGAAAUGUGAUCCAACUGGAGCCUACAUUCGAUAUUGGGUACCAGAGUUGAAGAAUCUGAAAGGGAAAGCCAUUCAUGAUCCAUAUCAUCAAAUGCCUCGAACGGAAUUCAAGAAGUUAGGAUAUCCUGAACCUAUCAUAGAUCAUAAGACAAGUAGAGAAAGAGCGCUAUUCAGGUAUAAGAAUGUUGGCGAGAAAGAGAAUGGAUCAUAG